AUGCUAUUCUUUUGUGUUAUUUCGCUUGUAGUGUGCUCAAGGAUUCAAAAGAUACUGAGGCCCGGAGUCAAGGAGGUGUACUGGGCCAUUCUUGACAACGAGGAUGUGGAGCUUAACAUCCAGUUGAACCAAUACUCGGACAUGCCUGUGUACUACAAAGUGAUCAAGCCUGGAGAGGUCGAGGAAGACAGCGGGAUCGGAGAAGAGCUUGUAGAGGGUGUUGAUUUAAGAUAUACCACACCCGGGGCUUACAAGAUCGAGGUCUACAACGACGGGUCUGAGAAGGCUUCCAUAAGCGUUUACACCGAUGUCAUGUCCUCCGGGGAUGUUGACAACGAUAACCUGGCGAUUAAGAACCUGUUUCUUGAUCUAGAAGCCAAGCUCAUGUCUCUGUACAGAACGAAUACACGGCUGAAAACAAUCCAGGAAAACAACAUUGCAGAGGCCAAGAGAAUCCGGAACGGAUUAUACAUAAUGUUUGCAAUCCCGAUCAUGUAUGUCAUCAUAGGACUUGCUAAGCUGCAUACAACAAAGGCGAUGUUUGCUCCGAAGAAAGGAUCCCGAAUUUAA